CCGCAGGCCUCUGCAUCAAUUACGGGAAGCUUCAAUUAAUGGAUGCCAAUAAGAGAGCAUGCUGAUAGGAUAAUAAGAGACUGUAUGCUCUUGGUCUCAGCCACACAUCAACGCAAUUCCUCUGGAUCGCUCUUGGUCUCAACUGUGGUUCAAGUCUUUUUUAUCUGGGUCGCUCUUAUCCUGGCCAUACUGCAAAACACGCUCGUCGUGCUCUGUAUUUUUAGCCGGCCGUCGAUGCAACUCCUCUGCAGCUCCUCCGACGUACGGCCACCAUGAUCGGUCCAACUCAAAAGCUCGAUCUGUUUCAGAUUGGUCUGUAAUUCCACUGAAGAGAUAGACACGGCCUGCUUGAUUUUAAGUUCAAGUCUUCAUUAUCCGGGCCGCGAUUAUCUUAGCCGACCAUCUGUACUGCAAAACACGCUGGUCGUGCUCUGUUUCUUAGCUGACCAUCGAUGCAACUCGUCUGCAGCUCCUCCCACGGCCACCUUGUUUGAUCUGUUCUUACACUGAAGAAAAAGCAAAACAAGUGAGGACAUACCAACUGGAACACACUACAACUUUGCAGGCUAUCAGAUUACCAGCACAGUGAUUGGUUAAUCAUCUUGUCAGCCCGUGAGCAUGGACCUUGUCACCGGUGCUUUGGGCAUGCUCCCCUCCAAGCUGCUGGAGCUUCUCAAGGAUGAGUACAAGCUGCAGAAGGGCGUCAAGGUGAAAGUCCAGUCCCUCUCCCGGGAGCUCGAGUGCAUGCACGCCGCCCUCCGCAAGGUGGCGGCAGUGCCAUGGGACCAGCUCGACGAGCAGGUCAAGAUCUGGGCACGCGAGGUUAGGGAGGCUUCCUAUGAUAUUGAAGAUAUACUUGACACCUUCCUUGUGCGUGUCGAUGGCCAUGAGCAGGCUGAUCUGAGCAGACUCAAACGAGCCAUGAAGAAGAUGGGAGACUUGUUCAGCAAGGGCAAGGCUCGUCGUGAAAUUUCGUGUGCCAUCGAAGACAUCACCAAGCAACUUCAGGAGAUGACAGAGCGGCAUGCCAGGUACAGGGUCGAUGAUCUUGUUGCCAAGCAUGCUGCCACAACAAGUAUUGAUCCACGGCUUUCGGCUCUGUACACAAAAGUGUCACAGCUUGUUGGGAUUGAAGGGCCAAUGGAUAAGGUCAUAAAAAUGCUGACAUCAGUAGCAGAAGACAUGGAGACGAAGAUAGUAUCUAUUGUUGGGUUUGGAGGGUUAGGCAAGACUACUCUUGCUAGAGCUGUGUAUCAGAAUCUUAGUCAGGAUGUCUGUUUCAAAGCUUUUGUUCCAGUUGGUCGGAAUCCAGACUUAAAAACAGUCUUAAAAGACAUUCUCAUUGAUUUGGACAAGCAACGUUACACCACCGAAUUCAAUUUGACAAUAUUGAAAGAAAAGCAACUAAUCGAUGAACUUCAGGAAUUCCUAAAGGACAAGAGGUAUUUCAUUGUUAUUGAUGACAUAUGGGAUGUACCUUCAUGGAACAUUAUAAGAUGUGCUCUAGACAGCAACAGCUUGGGAAGCAAAAUAGUCAUAACUACAAGGAAGCAUGAUGUUGCUGAGAAAGUUGGUUGUUCUUAUAACAUGGAACCCCUUGGGCAUGAGAGUUCCAAAGAUUUAUUCUAUGGAAGAUUAUUUGGCUCUGAAGACGAGUGUCCCAAACAAUUUGUAGAUGUUUCUGAAAAAAUAAUUAAGAAAUGUGGAGGUGUGCCAUUAGCUAUCAUUACCACAUCAGGUUUGCUAGCGAAUAAGAUGGGAAAUGUAAAACAGUGGAAAGAGUAUUGUGAGUCUAUUGGUUCGGGGCUUGGAAGCAAUCCUGAUAUGGAAAAUAUGAGGAAGAUAUUAUCUCUUAGCUAUUAUGAUCUACCAGCUCACUUGAAGACAUGCUUAUUAUAUCUAAGUGUAUUUCCAGAAGACUAUGAGAUUGUUAAGGAUCGAUUGAUUUGGAGGUGGAUAGCGGAAGACUUUGUCCCACCUGGAGAAGGGGGGCAAAGUUCAUUUGAGCUUGGGUUGAGUUACUUCAAUGAUCUUGUAAAUAGAAGCCUGAUCCAACCAGCAGAUAUGGAUGACGAAGGUACGCCUAUUUCUUGCCGUGUGCAUGACAUGGUGCUUGAUCUCAUUUGUAACAUAUCAAGAGAAGAAAGUUUUGUUGCAACAGUACUAGAUGAUGCCAGGCAGAACACACCUUCUUGGGGAAGCAAGGUUCACAGGAUGUCCCUGCACAAUACUACUUGGCCUACAGUAAUGGACUUGUCAAAACUAAGGUCACUUACUGUUUUUAGUGCUGCCAAAAUUAAAUUGAUGCCGUCCCUUUCAUAUCUUCAUCUUCUCCGUGUAUUGGAUCUAGAAGGUUGCAGUCUUAAGGAACUUACAAACUUGAGUUUCGUUGCACGCUUAUUUCACCUGAGGUAUCUAAGUCUAAGAAAUACUAGCUAUGCUGGUGAGCCCCCAUCGGAGAUAGGGAAGCUAAAACUUUUGCAGACAUUAGACCUAUGGGGAACUGAUAUAGAAGAAUUGCCAUCAAGUAUUAUUGGGCUAAGAAGACUGAUGUUUCUGGCUCUUAAUUGGCGUAUCUGUCUGCCAAAUGGAUUGAAGAAUCUAACAUCCUUAGAAGUGCUACAGUAUGCAAUUGUUGAUUCUGCGCAGAUUGCAGAAGAGCUAGGCCAUUUGAUGCAACUGAGGAUCCUCAGAGUCGGGCUGUGUAAAAAGGACACGGAAGCAGGAUAUUAUGAGGGCAUUUGCAAAGCUUUAGUGGAGUCCCUAGGCAAACUGCAAAAAAUCCAACAGCUAGUAGUACUAAGCCCAAGUGACGUGGUGAUGAAUCUUGAAGGCUCGCUGGAGUCCCUAGGCAACCAGCUGUCCUAUCUUCGUAUUCGGAAAACAUGGAUCAAUCCUGGAUCGCUUCUCCUCCUAUCCUCCCUGGACAUAACGGUGUCUCAGGUGCGAACGGAGGACAUCCAAGUCCUCGGGAUGCUACAGGCUCUUCGUGUUCUACGAGUGGAUGUGGCUGGUGACAACUUACAAGUGCUGGGAAGGUUCACGGUUGGCCCUGAUGCCUUCCCAUGCGUAAUGGAGUGCAAAUUCUAUGGUUUCCAAACAGUACCCUCUAUGUUCCCACGAGGAGCUAUGCCCAGGCUUGAAGAAUUCCAUUUCCGUAUGAGCCUGCAGGAUUUCUUGAAAGGUGAAUUCAGUACCGAUGACCUGGCCUUGGACCACCUCUCGUCCCUUCGGAGUGUGGAUGUUCGUCUUUUCGGUGGUGGACACGAAAAGAUGGAGCAGGAGUUGGAAAUGAAAGAGAAAGUGAAAGAGAAGCUGAGGCAAGAGGCGGAUGCCCACCCCAACCACCCUUCCUUAGCCCUCUACUAGAAAAAAAAAAAAAGAUCCUGGAUUCAACGUGUGCCUACCUAAAUGCAUGUAGCAGCUCCCGGGUCUGAGAGUGUUGUCUCCAAUUGGUGCAAAAUAUAUAUGCUACAACGGUCUUAAACAAGCAGCCACACGCUUUAGUUUGUUGGUGUACACACGGAGGAGCAGGGCAAGCUAGCUGUGUAAAACAUUAGCCGUAUUCUUUACCACUUAUUAUUGUCAAUCGUGUUUUCUUUUUAAUCCUUUCAAAAUAUGCUUCCAUUAUCGUUCGAAUUAUGUAAUUCUUCUUCUUUUUUUCUUUUUGUUUCUCUCGUCCUCUGGUCUCUGUGUCAUGUCUCUUAUUUAUACUUCUCGCCACCUUUCUUCUAUACCUUAUAAUAAAGAGGCAAAAUUUCAAUCUCC